AUGGAUCUUGCAGGUAAUUUAUUUGACCUUUGUUAUGGUAGUAGUAGAAAUUUUCAGUGGGGAAUAUUUCCAAACAGUGAAUUGCUCUGCUGCUGGUUCCAUUUUUCACAAUCAGUUGUUCGAUAUUGUCACCGAAAAGUUAAUUGUGUCUUGAAUUUGGUGAAGAGGCAUGAAGUGGCAGCUCGUAUUUUCAGAAUGGUAUUAGCAUUGCCUCAUCUACCGGCUGAAAGGGGUAAUCCCGGGUGCCCUAAUUUUUGUAUGGAAGAUGGGUUUCAUACAAUUGUCGCGUACACCUUACAAUUUCCUGAAAUCAGUGAGGUUAUGAGUCGUUUUCUGAGGGACUAUGUAUUUGAUUAUUGGUUUGUGCAAAUUGGUCCACGGCGCUUAAGCGUUUUUGGUCAAGAUCACCGGACCAACAAUUACUUGGAAUCUUUCCAUUCAACGUUGCUCACACAAAUUGGACGUCACCCUAAUAUUUGGGAUUUUCUUCAAAGACUGAUUAUUGUUGAAAAUCAGUUCUUUGUAGAAUUUCAACAGCGCACAAAUAACCUCACGAUUAGAGACGGUACUUCCAGAUCUCUAAGAGAAAACGCUACGCGGAUAAUAAGAGAGUCGGUACAACAACUCAACAGAGACAGUGACCUAUUAAUGUUUUUGAGGAGGACUGGUCACCGAAAUGAUGGGUAUGUUCAAGAACAGAUUGGACCUUAUCCCUGA